AUAUAUUUUUAUGUAAUAGGUACCUAAUUAAUUCACAAAUAUUGUUAUUCUCUUGGUAGUUAUUACUUAUUACUACCUACUUAUUAUGUUAUUAUCCAUAGACAAUCGUUUAAACUCGGAAUGUUAUAAUGUUAUGUAACAUUUAAAUCCAAAUUACUUUCCUAAGUAAAUGGUUAGAAAUCUGUUUAUACUGAAUAGAUACCUAAUAAUUAUAUAUUAUUUCAACUGUACCUAAAUAAAUAGUCUUUUUGCUUAAAAAGUUUAUUUACCUAUAACUGAAUAUGUUGACAACAACAAAAACUAAAUAUGAACCCGAAAGGACUGAAUUGACUAAUGAGUCAGUUUUAAUCAAGCCCAAUUUGAAAGGUGAUUGGUUAAACUUUUUUAUGUUACUUUUACUUUAUACAAUGCAAGGCUUGCCUUUGGGCUUAUCUUCAGCUAUUCCGAUACUUUUACAAAGCAAGAAAGAUACAUCGUACCAAGACCAAGCUUUAUUUAGUUUAGUAAUAUGGCCAUUUAGUUUGAAACUCUUAUGGGCUCCGUUAUUGGAUUCACUAUAUGUACAAAAGAUUGGAAAGCGAAAAUCUUGGCUCAUACCUGUUCAAUAUUUAAUUGGAAUAAUAUUACUUUAUAUGGGUAACAGAAUUGAUAUCUUGUUACCUGAAAAAGGAAAACCAAACGUUAUGGUACUAGUAUAUCUCUUCUUCAUUACAAACUUCUUAUCUGCCACUCAGGAUAUAGCUGUUGAUGGUUGGGCUUUGACAAUGUUGAAAAAGAAUAAUGUAGGCUAUGCAUCUACAUGCAAUACAUCUGGUCAAAUAAUAGGCGUGAUGAUUGGUUCUGUAUUUGCCAUCUUAUUUACAUCUGAAGACUUUAGCAAUAAAUACUUACGAAUUACAACUGGUGUAGAAGGGAUUGUGUCUAUGAAAACCUUGUUGUAUAUUUGGGGUAUUCUAUUUAUAUUGAUAACAACAAUGAUUGCUAUAUUCAAAAAAGAAAAAGAUAAUACACAAGAAGAUGGCUAUGUAAAGCUCAAUAUCUCUAAAACCUAUUCACUAUUAUGGGAUAUUAUGAAGCUUCCCAGUAUACGGAUAUUGGCAAUAGCUUUAUUGACGGCAAGGAUUGGAUUUGCUGCAACAGACAGUAUAUCAACUUUAAAACUUAUUGAUGCUGGUGUAUCGAAAGAUGACAUCAUGGUUAUUAACACUGCAAUGUAUGUCGUAAAAAUGAUUAUACCUUUAAUUAUAGCAAAGUACACUUCAGGACCAAAACCAUUAAGCUUAUAUCUAAAAGUAACACCCAUCAGAUUACUUUGGAACAUUGUAUUUAUUGUAUUAGUAUACUAUACACCAAAAAUUAUAAAUAUUAAUGGCGUGGUAAAUAUUCCAAAAUAUUACUAUGCAAUCUUGAUUUUUAUAUUAUCAGUACAAGAAGUCCUUUCAUACAUGAUGUUUGUGGCUAUAUUAGCCUUUUUCUCUCGGAUAAGUGAUCCUCGUUUUGGUGGUACUUACAUGACAUUGUUAAAUACACUUUCAAAUUUAGGAUUUGUAUGGUCAUCUACUGUAGCACUUCAAUUGGUUGAUUUGUUAACAUCGAAAGAAUGCUCAUUCGACGCCAUAAAUAAUUGUUCUACAUUAGAUCUUCAAAAUGUUUGUAAAUCUAAUGAAGGAAAUUGCAUUGUUACAAUUAAUGGCUAUUACAUUGAAAUUAUUCCAUGCACAAUUAUUGGAAUUGCUUGGUACAUUUAUUUUAGAAAUAUCUUAAAAAAUCUUCAAAUAAGAAGUCCUUCUCAUUGGUUGGUAAAUGUAAAGAAACCAGUAACAGAAAAUAUUGAAGAGUCAUACCCUUUGGCUGUAACAGCGUAAUGUUAUUGUGUAUUUAGUUAUCCAUUUAAUCAAAUAACCUAACUUCACUAUUACAUGUAAUGACAUAUACCAUCUGAUUUUACCAGUUCCAUUGAUAUUGGGAGUAUUCAUACAACUUGAUAUUUAUUUGUAUCAUUUAUUAAUCAUGAUGUAGGUAUAUGAAUAUAUAAUAAUAGUAAAUUAGAACCAAUUUACACUGUAAAGUAUGUAUGACUAAUAAUAAAUUAUGCUAUCUUUGAUAGUAUUCUCUUUAAUAUUA